AUUGAGCGCCUGUCCCGCCCACGUUCACCAGCCAUGGCACCCCAUCUGUCCGACGCAGUCAAAUGGCUCAUGGUCGAGUGGCGCCUCGAUGAGUAUCUACCAGUCCAGGAGAUCGCUUUCCGUGCUCGCUGCAGCCCAUCCACCGUCUACGAAGUCCUGCGCUGCUAUCGCGAGUUUGGGACCGUCAGCGAUCCAUUUGUCCAACAGCGAGCUCGGUCGCGACUGCUCGAGAUGGAUGACCUCGCAUACAUCAAAGCCUUCGUCCAGAGAAAUCCUGGUGUCUUUCUUGACGAGGUGCAGUCAGACCUACUUGAGAAUCGUAACGUCGAA